AUAGACGCCACUGCUGCGACUGCGACUGCCAGCACCACCUAAGUAACCAUCAUGAAAUCUCUCGUAUUUGCCCUCUCAUUCCUUGGCUUCCUGUCUGUAGGGACCGCCAUCAAAUGCUACGUCUGCAACAACGGCGACCCUAACUGCGGUGAGACAUUGGCGGCUACAGCAGACGACCCUGCUUACGUCCAAGACUGCCCCAACACCAACGGCUGCAUGAAGAUCGACGCCACCCACAUUGGAACUGGUCACACGAUCGUACAGAGGAAAUGCUUGUACACCACCACAAUGCAAAAUGAGAAAUGUAACGUCUACCAACAAGGAAAUCUGAAGGGUUACCAGUGUUACUGCAAGGGGGACCUAUGUAAUUCUGGAAGUCACGUGACAACUAGCGUCGUCCUGAUGACCAUCAUGUGCGGGAUUACUAUAUUGCUGCGAUUGUUUUAAUACGAUUUUCAUUUCAUUUUCAGUUUGAAACAAAAAUUUGUUUUUUAUUUUUAUGUCCUUUUUGAAACACACAACAUUAACUUAGGCAUCUGCACAAAGUUGAGUGGAGGUAACUAUUGCCACUAUUUGGAUAUGAUACUCCUCGAUUUUGACAAAAGUAUUUCACCACAUAAAAUGGUGUGAUGUUACAAGUUUUAAUAAGCUAGUCAGUUAUGGCUUACAUUUGUUAUUUUUCCUCUGAUAGGCUACGACCUGUCAUCCAAAUUUUGCUCAAUGCUCGAAGGAUUAAUAGAGUUGAUUCAACAUUUUAAUGAUUUUAUGGGAUCAACUAUGCAACGGCAAAUAUAUCGUUUAUGCUGACACAUAUUUUUAGACAUUUGCGCAAUAAUUAAUGUGAACCUUUUAAGAAUGGCGGCUUAUUUCAGAAUGAAGAAUGUUUCAUCCCUCUCUGAUAUUUCCGUUAUCAUUUAUAGAUGCAAAUAUCCGCCCAAGGGGAUUAUGUUAUGUUGACAACAAACAUUUAAAAGCACAGUGGUGUUUGUGUAGCUUUUUGUGCGUAAACAUAUGGGAAUAAAUAGAAGUUAAUUUUUACUUACAUCAAAUGAUAUAUUGAUGAAUAGAUACAUAUUUACUCCAGGUAGCUAGUUAAGCCUACGACAACUUUAUAACUUAACCUUAAUGAUUUGCACCUGAUGUAUUUUAUUGAUAUAUGCUUAGAGGGGCUUCACAAAACCCAUGUCUUCCAUUCGUGAAUAAGCAAGGAUUGUAAUCUGUUUAUCGUCAACCCAUUUCAACAUUUCAGAUAGGUAUAGAGACACUAUCAAAUCAGCUGUUCUUGUUUUCUUUUAUGCGCCCUAAUGAUCACUAAUCUAUGCAAGGUUUGAAGGAUAGGAAUUUAUACCUAUUUCUAAGUUUUAAGAUAUACACAUACAACGUAAUAGUUUUUGCACGAAAUAAUGUCCAAUUGUAUACACGGUAGUGUAGCUGCAGGAGAAAGGUGUUUAGCGUUUUAUUCAAGUGACAGUUUUAGAGACCCAUAUUUAGCGAAAUAUUUUAACGAAAAUCGCAACAAUCUUUGUCUUCCAGUUGUUGUACAUAGAUUUGAAUAAACAUUCAAUGCUAAUGAAUUAUAUUUCAAUA